UUCCUUCCCUUUGUUCACUUGCUCUCUCCCUCUCUCUACAAUUCACAGCAACAACAAAAAUAAAAAAGCUACGAUUUUUGUUUCCUCUUGGCUUUGUAGUUAUCUGUUUGGGGUCGUCCAUAUUUUGCUCCGGGAUCUCAUUUUCCGGUUUCGAAUAGAGACAAAAGCUUAAAGCUUCCUCCGGUUUUGUCUUCUGGGUAUUCCCAAUCUUCUCUUUAAAGCUUCAAUCUUUUGUCUUAAUGGAACAGCAAUAAAAAAAAUCUUCUGGGUUUUUGUUUCUUGGUCUCUUCACUGGUUUCUUGUCUCUCUCUUGAGAGAAAAACUAGAGGCCCUGUGUCUGUGUAUGUGCAGGUUGGAUAAAGACAAGAAGAGAUCAGUUUUUUGUUUCAUUCAUUCCUUUUGUAGUGGAACCCGGAAGAGAGAAGAAUGCCGAUUAGGCCAAUGAAAGAAACCUCCGAGACUCACUUACUCAUCAAACCCAAGCAUCUCCCCAAAGCCGUGCAAAACGGUAAAUCCCCUCCUACUCCGGCGACGACGACGGCGGCAGCUCAGAGCCAAGCUUCUUCACCUUCUCCGCCGUCCAAGAACCGUAGCCGGAGGAGAAACCGCGGUGGUCGAAAAUCAGACCAAGGAGAUGUCUGUAUGAGACCUAGCUCCCGUCCUCGUAAACCGCCGCCUCAGAACGCUCCCGUCGCCGCCGUCUCCGGCACAGAGAUAGUCGCCGUGAACCAUCAGAUGCAAAUGGGUGUUCGUGGGUCGAGUAAGAACUCAAACUUUGCGCCGAGACCUGGGUUCGGACAGCUUGGAACUAAAUGCAUCGUCAAAGCUAACCAUUUCCUGGCUGACUUACCGACCAAAGAUCUGAAUCACUACGAUGUAACAAUAACUCCUGAAGUGUCAUCAAAAAGUGUCAACAGAGCUAUCAUUGCUGAGUUAGUGAGACUAUACAAAGAGUCUGAUCUCGGGUCGAGACUUCCUGCUUACGACGGCCGGAAAAGUCUUUACACCGCCGGAGAGCUUCCUUUCACUUGGAAAGAGUUCACUGUUAAGAUCUUCGAUGAAGACGAUGGUAUCAUCAAUGGCCCUAGGAGGGAGAGAUCGUAUAAGGUGGCUAUCAAGUUUGCUGCACGGGCCAAUAUGCAUCACUUAGGCGAGUUCCUAGCUGGUAAACGCGCGGAUGGACCGCAAGAGGCGUUGCAGAUUCUCGACAUUGUACUCAGGGAGCUGUCUGUUAAGAGGUUCUGUCCUGUGGGAAGAUCGUUUUUUUCGCCUGAUAUUAGAACACCGCAGCGACUUGGUGAAGGGUUACAGUCAUGGUGUGGGUUUUACCAGAGCAUUAGACCUACACAAAUGGGUUUAUCUCUUAACAUCGACAUGGCUUCAGCUGCGUUUAUCGAGCCUCUUCCUGUGAUUGAGUUUGUAGCACAGCUUCUUGGGAAAGAUGUCUUGUCAAAGCCAUUGUCUGACUCUGAUCGUAUUAAGAUCAAGAAGGGUCUCAGGGGAGUGAAAGUAGAGGUCACUCAUAGAGCAAACGUGAGAAGGAAAUACCGUGUUGCCGGUUUAACAGCUCAACCAACAAGGGAGCUUAUGUUUCCUGUUGAUGAGAACGCUACGAUGAAGUCGGUUAUUGAGUAUUUCCAAGAGAUGUAUGGGUUCACGAUCCAGCACACGCAUUUGCCGUGUCUUCAAGUUGGAAACCAGAAGAAGGCGAGCUAUUUGCCAAUGGAGGCAUGCAAAAUAGUGGAGGGACAACGGUACACAAAAAGGUUGAACGAGAAGCAGAUUACUGCUCUUUUAAAAGUUACAUGCCAGAGGCCAAGGGACAGAGAAAACGACAUUUUGAAGACUGUGCAACACAACGCGUAUGAUCAAGAUCCAUAUGCUAAGGAGUUUGGUGUGAAUAUAAGCGAAAAGCUAGCUUCUGUUGAAGCUAGGAUCCUUCCAGCUCCUUGGCUUAAGUAUCAUGAGAAUGGGAAAGAAAAGGAUUGCCUUCCGCAAGUGGGUCAAUGGAAUAUGAUGAAUAAGAAGAUGAUCAAUGGGAUGACGGUGAGCAGAUGGGCCUGUGUUAACUUCUCACGCAGUGUUCAAGAAAAUGUUGCUCGUGGAUUUUGUAAUGAACUUGGUCAGAUGUGUGAAGUUUCUGGCAUGGAGUUUAAUCCGGAACCUGUGAUACCGAUAUACAGUGCGAGGCCUGAUCAAGUUGAGAAAGCUCUAAAGCAUGUUUAUCACACUGCUAUGAACAAAACCAAAGGCAAAGAGUUAGAGCUUCUCUUGGCCAUUUUACCUGAUAACAACGGUUCACUCUACGGGGAUCUUAAGAGAAUCUGUGAAACCGAGCUUGGUUUGAUAUCUCAGUGUUGUCUCACAAAACAUGUGUUCAAGAUUAGCAAACAGUAUCUGGCUAAUGUAUCCCUUAAAAUCAAUGUCAAGAUGGGAGGAAGGAACACAGUUCUGUUAGAUGCCAUAAGCUGUAGGAUUCCAUUGGUUAGCGAUAUACCAACAAUUAUAUUCGGCGCAGACGUGACUCACCCGGAGAACGGGGAAGAGUCAAGCCCUUCAAUCGCUGCUGUUGUUGCUUCGCAAGACUGGCCUGAAGUGACAAAGUAUGCUGGUUUGGUUUGUGCACAAGCUCACAGGCAAGAACUUAUACAAGAUUUGUAUAAAACAUGGCAGGAUCCUGUACGUGGCACUGUUAGUGGCGGUAUGAUCAGGGACCUUCUGAUCUCAUUCAGGAAAGCAACAGGGCAGAAACCGCUUCGAAUCAUCUUUUAUCGUGAUGGAGUAAGCGAAGGACAGUUCUACCAAGUCUUACUCUACGAGUUGGAUGCAAUUCGUAAGGCUUGUGCGUCACUUGAACCAAAUUAUCAGCCACCUGUGACAUUCAUAGUUGUACAGAAGAGGCACCACACCCGUUUGUUUGCUAAUAAUCACCGAGACAAAAGUAGUACUGACCGAAGCGGAAACAUCUUACCUGGUACGGUGGUUGACACUAAGAUAUGUCAUCCAACUGAAUUCGACUUCUACCUUUGUAGCCACGCUGGUAUACAGGGAACAAGCAGGCCUGCUCAUUACCAUGUUCUUUGGGAUGAGAACAAUUUCACAGCGGAUGGUAUUCAAUCUCUGACUAAUAAUCUCUGUUAUACCUAUGCCCGAUGCACUCGAUCGGUCUCUGUAGUUCCUCCGGCGUAUUAUGCGCAUCUUGCAGCAUUCCGAGCACGUUUCUACAUGGAACCGGAGAUCAUGCAAGAUAACGGAUCGCCGGGUAAAAAGAGUACGAAGACAACAACUGUAGGAGAUCAUGGUGUUGGUGGCGGUGUGAAGCCGUUACCUGCUUUGAAGGAGAAUGUGAAGAGAGUCAUGUUUUACUGCUAA